AUGGCUUACAUAGUGGAUAUGCGGUCAGACACAGUGACGAAGCCAACAAAAGCUAUGAAACAGGCUAUGGUUAAUUCUGCUCUGGGAGACGAUGUCUACCACGAAGAUCCUACUGUUAAUGCCUUGGAGAAUAAAAUUGCCACCCUCUUAGGCAAACAAGCAGCACUGUUUGUUCCCUCUGGAACUAUGUCUAAUCUCAUAGCUAUAAUGGUGCACUGCAAUAAAAGAGGGUCUGAGGUAAUAGCAGGAGAACUCAGUCACAUAUUUAGAUAUGAAGUUGGUGGAGCAGCUCAUUUAGCAGGGGUAAUGUUGUCUAACUUGCCCAAUGAGCCUGAUGGCACAUUUGACUUGAAAGCUUUAGAACGGCGGUUUCGAGGCUCUGACAUACAUGAGCCUGUUACAUCUCUUGUGGCUAUUGAAAACACACACAAUGUCUGCGGAGGCAAAGUUUUACCUUUGAAAUGGGUAGAUAGUUUAUCGGAAUUGUGUCAGAAGCACAACAUUCCUAUUCACAUGGAUGGUGCUCGUUUGUUUAAUGCCUGCGAGUACCUCAAGGAGAGCCCUGCUCGCUUGGUGAGGGACUGCGCUAGUGUUUCGGUGUGCUUAAGUAAGGGGCUUGCUGCUCCAGUCGGGUCAGCGCUUGUUGGAUCAUACCAUUUCAUCGAGCAGGCCCGUCGUGUCCGCAAGAUGCUGGGCGGGGGGAUGCGUCAGGCGGGAGUACUGGCCGCGGCCGCUGUGGUCGCGUUAGAUGAAGUCGUGCCUAGACUGGCGCUAGACCAUAAACGGGCGCAGGUGCUUGCUAAAGUUAUCGAGGGGUUGUUUCUGCCGUCGUUCAAGGUGGACCCUGCCAGUCAGCACACCAACCUGGUGCUGGUGAGGAUUCCGGGGGAGAGUUCUCUCACCGCUGACCGAGUGGUGGAGAGACUGGCUCAGGUCAGCCUGUCUGAGACCCAGGGUGAUUGCAAAACGCCCAAUGAUGAAGGCGUGAUAUUGAAGGUGAUACAAUUCGACGCCAAGACUAUACGAUUCACCUUACACGUGGACAUUACGGAUGAAGACCUGUGGCUGGCCAUUAUGAAGGUUACCUAUGUUUUCAAGGAGAUGGACGCCGCUGCCAAGUCGAAAUAG